AUGUCGAGCCCGCUAUUUACCUCGCUGCCAUCGCCACUGGUGUGCGAGCUCAAGAGCAACACGUGGUCGCUGCUGGUUCCGCCACGCGGAUCGUACAUCCCGACGCCGCGACAUGGUCACGCAGGGGUGCUGUCGGCCGACGGAACGCGAGUGUAUAUCAUUGGCGGCAUCACCUCGUCGGCGCCGCUGGGCAGUCCGGACGGCUACGCGGCGCCGCCAUGGAUCGAGGUCUUUGAGGUGGGGACGGGGACGUGGCAGCUGCUGGAGGCUAUGGACGGGGAGGCGCCGGUGCCUCGACUGCUGCACGGCGCGGCGAUGGCCGCCGAGUGUCUGGUCAUUGCCGGUGGGCUGGUGUGGCACGACGACGCGCUGUGUCUCACUACAAGCAUCUCAGUCUUUGAUCUGACGACGCACACUUGGCACCGCCACGUGGCCGAGCUACCGGAGGCCGUUAUGGCGCCGAGCCUGGUCUGUGUGGGCGACUCACGGGUGGCGGUUGUUGGCGGCAACGUGGCGGUCAACCAUGCGUACACCACGUUUGGCUGGUUGGAACUGACACGAAGUGUGAGUGGCGACAUCAGCGUGACCUGGCAUGCCGCGGCGUGCAGCCUCAGCGAUGACGGCGCCAGGACUAACCGGUGCCUGUCGAUCUCAGCGACGCCACUGGAGGCGCGCGGCGGCGGCGGCAUGCUGGUAGUGGCGCGUUUUGCCACCGAGAUGGUGUGCUACGUGCUGGACGCCGAGCUGACACAGCUCCGGCGGGUGGGACCGGCCUUCCGUCUGGGUCUUUCGCAGGACAUGACGCUGAGCGUGCUGGCGGGCGUGGUGAGUGAGGAUGGGCGACGAGUGGUGCUUGUGCCGUGGAUCGACCUCAGCGUGCACGACCCAUCACUGAAGCUCCCCAGGAUGGCCACAGCGAAGAAACUCCUGCGGACGUUUGUCCUGGACGACGCGCCGAUCAAGGGCCCAUGCAGCCUGGUGGCGCUGGGACGGACGGCGGUGGUGAAAGAUGCGCUGGAUACAGUCAUGACAUCUCCGUCGGUUCCGCCGGCGAUGGUGGCCGAGCUGGUUGCCGAGGCGCGGCUCCGGAACUCGCUCCAGCCGAUCCACGUCGGCCUGUUUCGCACGCUAAGCGUGGCCCGCAUCUCAUGGGUCGACGUUGUUGACGAUGACUGGCUCAAGUCGCUCGUUCAUGCCUGCCCGCACCUGGUCGAGCUCGACAUCUCGGGCUCCAAGGGUGUGACUAGCGACGGACUGGUUGUCCUUGGCGCACUGCCGUGCCUUGAGCGGCUUGGGGUGGCCCACAUGGAGGCGACGCAGCACGAGAACACGAUCGACGACCUGUUGCUGAACCUGCCACAGAUCCGACAGCUCAACGCAAGCCACCUCCAUGCAACGUAUGGUGUGCACCAGUCGCGAGAUGCGCACCGAGAGUGGCAAGAAGUUGUGCGGCGGCUGGAUCAGUUUGUGCUCGACGGGCGGGUGCUGACAGUGCCGAUGGCCAUCGAGCUGGCUGAGCUCAAUGCCAGGGCAGUCUCUGUUGCCGGCUGCGGCUUGCUGUUUCUGCCGAAUCUCUACAACGAGAUCCGGCUCGGCUUUGGCACGUCUUUCACAGACCUUCACAGCUACUAUGGCGCGAUGGAGCGCGAGCACGGCAUGGUACUUGACAACGAUCUGCGCGAGCUCUGGACACACCGGCUGAGCUCGUUCUGCAUUGCCGCCGACCAGCCUGCACUCAUGAGCGAGAUCGAGCUCCUGCGGCGCGGCCUCUCCGUCCCCGACAUCGACAUGCUGUACUGGCUCGAUUCGGACGAGGACGACGACUGGUAG